UAGCGAGUGAGCGGUAUGUUUGUCUGCUGGACGGGUGUCGGAGCUCAUUGUUGAGUCGUCUGCUGUUGUUGGGACGCCGAUUGGAACACAGGCCAGGAUCACCGCAGUGAAUGCUGGAGAUAGUACAACACGUUGAAAUUAUUUGUUUUAUUUGUUUUAAUUGUGUGGAUUUUAGUUUAAAUUCUUGGCAGAAAAACUGUAGUUUUAGGAUUUCAAUGAAAGUACUUUUGUGAAGGUACUGCUGCACAUCUGUGAUUUCAGUCGAAGUACUUACUUUGUGAGAGUACUGUUGGAUUUCAGUAAAGUACUUUGUGGGUGUACAAUAGGAUUUCAAUUGAAGUACUUUGUAAAAUACUGUUGGAUUUCAGUUUAAGUACUUUGUGAAAGUACUGUUGGAUUUCAUUUGAAGUACUUUGUGAAAGUACUGUAUGAUUCAGUUGAAGUACUUUGUGAAAGUACUGUUGGAUUUCUUUUGAGUACUGUAGGACUUCAUUUGAAGUAGGCUACUUUGUGAAAGUACAGUAGGAUUUCAGUUGAAGUACUUUAUGAAAGUACUGUAGGAUUUGAGUUGAAGUACAUUGUGAAAGUACCGUAGUUCACCCAGGAUAUCAGCCCCAGCACUCACGCUGCGAGGGAGAUGACUGGCUCAGCGCUCACGUGACCGACGCCAUUGUUCUACUCGCUGUCACCUUGUCUCUCGCGUCAGACCGCGCUCAAUCGAUACGCCCUACCUGUUGCUACUCGCUACCUGUCGCCACCAGCACAGGCUACCUGUAGCCCAGAAAUGUAUGCAGUCUUCUCGGAGGGCGUACCGGAGUUUAUGUGCCUCCCCCCUCCCCACGGCGUCACUGCACUUAACCAGCCCCUCCACUCCAUCCCCACCUCGGUCACCGCCCCUGGGAUCAGCUUAGCCCCAGCACAAAUCCUCCACCCCCAGCCCGGCACGCCCCUGUGUCUCCCAUCCUACGGCCCAGGUGUCAGUACACCUUAUGUUUACACCUUUAAGAGAGGAAGCGAAGAACUCAUGUCGCACAGCCCAGUGGUAGCCAACGGCAACGGGCUCAGCCCACAGCAGUCGCCCAACGAACUCACAGACGCCAAAAAGGCCAAGCUGGACAGCACAGUGAACCCACCCUCCCGUGUGGUCCACAUACGAAGCCUGCCCGGCGAGGCGGGAGAGACGGACAUCGUUCAGCUGGGGAUGCCCUUUGGGAAGAUGACCAACGUCUUGGUGCUGAAACAGAAAAACCAGGCUUUCCUGGAGUUUCAAGAAGAAGCCAGUGCUGUAGCUAUGGUUUCAUAUUUUCAAGCUAAUCCUGCCCAAAUUCGCCUUAAACCUGUAUUUGUGCAAUUUUCCAACCAUAAAGAAUUGAAAACUGAUGCUUCCCAUGCUUUUCAGAAUGCUAAUGCCCAAGCAGCAUUGCAAGCUGCCCAUGUAGUUAUGGGGUCUGAUGAGCAGUCAACCAUCCUGAGAGUUAUUGUUGAUAAUGCAUUUUACCCAGUCUCACUAGAAAUAUUACACCAGCUAUUUAUAAAAUUUGGAAAGGUGUUGAAAAUUAUAACCUUCACAAAGAAUAACACAUUCCAAGCUUUGAUUCAAAUGUCAGAUGCCAUCUCAGCAGCUGCAGCAAAAACAUCACUAGAUGGUCAAAACAUCUAUAAUGGUUGUAACACAUUGAAAAUUGACUACUCUAAAUUAAGUAAUCUCAAUGUGAAAUACAACAACGACAAAAGUAGGGACUUCACCCGUCCUGACCUCCCCACAGGUGACCUUAGUCUUGACGCCAUGAGUCUCGGAGGUUCCUCUGGGGUUUUGAUGUCCCCCCUGCCUACUUACACAGGACUGGCUCCCCCUCAGCUCACCAGCAUCGGAGCCCUGCCUGCUCAGCAGACAGCAGUUGACUUUCAAGAAGUGAGAGAGGAACCGACUAUAAUCUGGACACAGGGUUUAGCACCCGGAUAUGGGAUACCAGGUCUCUCAUUUUAUUCAGGUGUGCCAGUUGGCACAAUGAGUGCCAUUAAUGCUAUGGGUGCUUUUGGACUUCCUCCUGGUGCAUUAGGUGCUGCCAGAAUAGGUCUCCCUCUACCAGCAUCAAUGGGGAGUUCAGUCAUUCUAGUCUCUAAUUUAGAUGAGGAGAUGGUUACACCAGACGCCCUCUUUACUCUUUUCGGUGUCUACGGUGAUGUACACAGGGUGAAAGUUCUUUUUAACAAGAAAGAUAAUGCACUGAUACAAAUGGCUGACCCCCAUCAGGCACAGCUCGCCAUCACUUACCUUGAUAAAGCAAGAGUCUGGGGAAAACAAAUUCGAGUAGCACAGUCCAAACAUCAAGUUGUACAAAUGCCCAAAGAAGGACAGUCGGAUGCUGGUCUAACUAAGGAUUUUGUAAAUUCUCCGUUACAUCGAUUCAAACGUCCUGGCUCUAAAAAUUGCCAGAACAUUUUCCCACCAUCACAAGUUCUGCACUUAUCCAACAUUCCAGUCCAUGUGACAGAGGAGAACCUGACUACAUGGUUCAGUGAUCAUGGAACUGUCAAAGCAUUUAAAUUUUUCCCAAAAGACAGAAAGAUGGCAUUAAUUCAAAUGAGUACAGUUGAAGAAGCUAUUCAUGCUUUGGUUGCUAUGCAUAACUACCAAAUGGGAGAAAGCUGUCAUCUACGAGUGUCUUUUUCCAAGUCUACAAUUUAGCUUUUUUUUAUGAUAGACCAGGGAUAUUACUUGUGCUUUAAAUACAAUUUCAUUUGCAAAAAAAUCCUCUACAGACAGCAUUACUUUGUGAAGAAUUACAUUACCUGAAUCACCAGAUUAAUGUUAUUUAUGCAUAGACAUUUCAAAUUGUAAUUAAGACUGAUAUAUAUUUUUUAAUUGACUUUAGAUAUCAGACAAUUAAUUUAUUUACUUAACACUUAAAAAAAAAACUUUACAUAAAGAGUGGUAUAUGAGUUGAUAGGCCUACACAUAUACAGCGUUUUAUGUUACUGAAUGCUUCAUAGCAACAUUAUGGCAAAUUAGUUUCCCCCAAGUUCAAAUUGUAAAGACAUUUUGUUUUACGGUUUAAAUAAUUCUGCUGUUACUUACAAUCAAAACAAAGUGGCUAUUGCUGUCAUGGUAUAAAAGUAUUCACUUGUGCUAAUCUGAUUUUGUCUGUGGCCAACUGACAAAAUAUGUGCCUUUUGUUACAUGCAAUUUUAAAGAUAUUUCAGUAGGUUUGACAAGUUAUUUCUGGAGGAAAAACAACUAAAUACUUUUAUGCUGCAGUCACUAGCCGGCAGUGGUAAUUAAAAUGUGUGAUCAGGAAUUUUUAAUUAAUAUAGCACAUUACAUAUGUGUAUGUAAACGUACAUGUAUAGUUUCCAAUUUUGGGUGGGGGUAGUAAAUACAUUGCUGGUAUAAAAAUAAGCAUUCCAUCUUUCGUGCCAGCCUUGCAGGUUAUCUCCCCUCUGUUAGCUAACUUUAAGCUACAAAGUUGCGACUAAAAUGAUCACUAGCAUUGACAGUACUACAGAAUAAGGCAGCUAUUGGAGAAAAAUAAUUUUUUAAUUUAUUUUAUGGCACAACCCACCAAAAUAAAACUUUAGAAUUCUUCAAAGAUCACCUUUUUAGCUUGUGAAGUAUGUUUUUACUGCUGUGAAGAUGCACUGAACUGAAAUACUGCAAGCCACCUCUAGGAUAGAAUCAUAGUAGAAACACCUUUUACAGUACAGUUUAGCUUAUAGGAAAUCUAGGCAUUAUUUGUUUUGUAGUCACAGUGUUACAUUCAGUUUAAAUGAGAUUGUGUAUCAACAAUAUUAAUCCCUCUUAUAUUAUAAAAAUAGUUUAAAAAACCACGUUUGCAAUGUAUCAAAGGUUGGUAUGUCCUUUUUUUUUGUAUGUACAUUAUCACAUAUGGCAUUUUAUUGGUUAUAUGAAGCUUUUUUUUUAAAUGUACUGGAACUGUGAAAUUAUUUUUAAAAAAUUCAGCGUAUUGUCAUGGUCUCACAAAUUAUUUACUUUGGGGUCAUCCAUAAAUGAAGUCACACUUUUUCCCCCAGUCAAUUUUUACCUCCGCCUCCCCACCUUCACUAAACUGCAGACCCUCCCUCACCUACUCUCCUAAAAUGACAUCAAACCUCAGCCUACAUUACCCCCCUCCCAAAACUGCAGUUGUAUUUUCAACCAACAAUUUUAAAAUAAAUAAAUUUAUUGAGCUUGGUCAACAUAGAGUAUACUGAUUGAUUUCUAAUACAAUUUACAAAAUCACUUUCUAAAAUGCACUUUAACGACUAAAAUUAAGUUUUAAACAUUAAUUUUUAAAAUGCAAGUGUGAUGUCAUACUUUCUGAACCUCUUCUCCCUCAUCAUCACAAAACUCCAGACACCCCGCCCCUUCCCACCCCCAUUGGAGUGUGAUGUCAUUUAUGGGUGGCCACAUUUUGAAACGUUUAAAUUUUAAUGCAUGACAACGGUUAAUCAGAUUUUCAAACCACAUUAGUGUUAAAAAGAAUAUCCUGGAAAACAUAUAACAAUGAAUCAUAAACAGAACAGACUUAGAUAUGGACCAUAAAGAUGACGAAUUGAUAAAGAAAUCUAAUAUAUAAACUUGUAGGAAGACAUUGUUAUUUUAUGAACGCACACAUGGCAUUAUAAUAACUUAAUGGAUUCAUCAUGCUUUUAUUGGAUGAAAGUAUCAUUUUAUUUUUCAUUUCUUUUGGAUGUGAGAUUCGAGGAAAAUAAUUAAUUUGCUAACUAGUCUGGCAAACCCAAAGAUAAGUUAGUUAAUUAGAUUGAUAAGUUAUUAAUGGAAAUUACACCCAUGAGUGGAUUUAUUUUUUACAAUAGCAUGUUAUUUUUAAAGUGCCUUUCUAUAUUUUCUGUGAGCGUGUGCCUUCCCCAGAAUUUCAUUACCUUUUAUAGGAAUUAAAAAGUGAUUAAUUAACUCAGUAUUCGCAUUUAAAAAAUCUAGUGGGUGAGCAAGCUGUAAUGAUUCUGUGUUAUUAGUUCCACCUUGAAGAAUAUUUACUGGCCAGAAGUUUAUUGCUUUACAGAAUAGAACAUUUUUAAAUCUCUGGAUAUGAAUAUGUAGUUAAUUUCCUCCAUGUAAUUUCACAUACUAAACAACACAAAAUAGUACACUUAGAAAAAGAGAGAUAGAAUAUAGAUAUAAAAACAAACACAUUCCUAAUAAUUUUUUUUUACAUAUUAACCUUAAUUUAGAGUUUUGGUAAUGUUAAACAGUCUAGUUUCUUUGUUUUGGGGAAUGACAAAUAUGUUGACAAUUGUAAAACAUUAUUGAAUGAAAUUAUCAUGAGUUAACUCAAAUGUUCAAUUUAUUACGCACUAAUUUAUGCAAAUCCAGAUGCAACAUUUAAAGCUUAAUCUGAAAUUAUUGUUAUUUCCAUUGAUGCAAGUGAUAACUCAGGCCAAGUUGCAAUGGUUAAUCAAACCAAAUACGAUUUAGGGUGUCAUUUCAUUUUCCCCUUUGGUUAAUUGAAACUUAUUUGUACGGGUUUCAUGAUGUUGGUUUGUUAUUUUUUUUGUGAGUCCACAACUUAAUUUUUUGCAAGUAUUUUAGUCUGUAAAAUGACGUGUGGAGGCAUGGCUUGUUAAUCGUUUACAUUUAUUUUAAUGACGAGCAUAAUUUUAAUUACUAUUUGUGAAGGGGCGAGCUUGUGUCUAGACAAACAAAUAUGUGAUAUACUAUUUGCCUUUUUUUCGCUUCAGUUCUAGAUUUAUCUAUUUCUAUUUUUAAAAUAAAUCUAAUGAUAUACUGCAUAAUUCAAAUGUCUGGCAUAUGAUUCCCUAAAUAUUUUCUUCUCAGUGUCUGUGUGGUUCAUGCAAAACAUUAACACAGGUCUCAUUAGGAGGAGUUUUUUCUUUCAGUAUGCAAUUCCAUCCUAAUGAAGAAAUCCAUUUAGAGUUUUGGUAAUUGCAUUUUAGAAGUUUUAACAAAAAUAUACUGUCAUAGCGCAAUGCUGAAUUUUGAUGUAUGGACUGCCACCAUUUAACAAAGCUAGGCCUAUAUACUCUACUCAUUAAGACUUCAAUUUUUUUUAAAACUAUCCUAAACACAUCCAGUUUUCUUUAAUAAUUAUAUGCUUAAAUAUUAUGUAGCUGUCUUCGUAUAGCUUUUUCUUUCACCAACCUAUUUAUACAACAUAUAUGCAUUUUAUCUUUGAGCUUUUAAAAUUGAGUAUUUUCUUAGUCUUAUAUUAUUGUCAUAAUGUAUGUACAUAGUUUUAACUUCUCUAUAUAUUUUCAAACCACAUUUUAACUUUUCUAUACAAUUCUUUAAUUCAUAUUUUAUUGUAGUUUUAGAUGUUUUAUUUGAAAUAUUUUUCAUGUUAAAUGUGCAAGAUGUGCUAGAAAUAGUCUUAAAAUCUAUAAUUAAAAAAAAUAAUUUCAAAACCACAAAGUUAGCUUUUACAUAUUUUUUAUAUGUAACGAUAAAUGUGUAUACAUUUUAUGUCCAGCUUUGAUAAUUCUAGUGAUCAUGUUUUUAUAUCAAUAUCACAAUUUAAUUUUCAAUGCAUAACAGGGUUUUUUUUUGUUUUUUUCUUUUAAAUUUACAUUUGUUGAGAGAAAUUAAAGUAGAAAUAAUUUCACUGUUUUGAAUUUGACAGUGUAGUGUAUACAGUUAUAAUUUUUCAAAUUAUUUAGUAAAAAGGUUAAGUGAUUGAUAGAAAGAGGUGGUUUUCAACAUAUAAGAAUGAAUGUGACAUUUUUGUUUUAAAAUUAUAUUGGAGGGUGUUUGUAAAACACAGCAUAAUAAUAAUAUAUACCCAAAUGGAAUCAUGACAAGUUUUGCGAUUUUUUUUUGGAAAAUAUUAGUUACAAUUUACUUUCGGUUUUUUUUUUAAGUUUAAUAAUUAAAAGUCAAUAGGUUAACUUUUAUAUACCUAAUUAGGAAGUAUAUACAUCUAUUGUAAGGUGCAGUUUUUUCACUUUGUCAAUGAUUUUUAUUACUUUCAUGUUGGAUUGCCAGUAACACUCAAGUGCAAUUCGGGUUAAUUUGUUUUCUAGUUGAUCACAAGUGUGAAGAAGUGAGACAGUUUUUAUAAAACGCUGGUCAUUCUUCCAGAACAAUUUUCUUAUACAUAAAAAAAUCCGAUAUUGAAAUUAGUAUUUAAAUUAUGUUAACGAGAAAUAUUUGCACUUUUUUAAAUUUCUGGAAUUUCUUUUUAAUAUAAAAUUUAAAAAUUACCAUGUAAAAAUUAUUAAUGAUUAUUCAUUCAAAAAAUCUCAAAACAUUUAAAUUAAAAAUUUGCACUUUAAUUUUUUAUAUUUACAAUGUUACUUUACAUAAAGAAUUAUAAUAGUUACAAUAGUAAAAUUAGUAUCAAUUAUUAAUUUAAAAUACAAUUUCUAAUCCUUGGAAUGAAAAGUUUAUGGAUGAAAGUGGAAUCAGUGAUGUGUGCCUAUAGCUCUCACAUUUGUUAAUACAUUUCCACCUUGAUCUCAUUUUAAUGACAAAAUUUAAUGUUUAUUAUGUUCAUUUUAUUCUAUUUGUUGGCCAUUUUUUUUUUUAAAAAGAAAAAGCAUUUAAAAAUAGCUGACAAUAUAUUUACCUUUAUCUCACAACAAAUGAGUUAUGUUUGAAGACAAAUUAGAUGUUUUAAUUUUUUUUUACUUGACAGUAGUGUUCAAUUUUUGACUAACCAGAAGAUAGCUGUGUGCUAUAUGUACAAUUGUGGAUUAUAUGUAUAUGUGCCUAAUGUGAAAAGUGCUGCUUUAUUGCAGCAUUUAAGAGAUUUUUAAGAAAUCAGAAACACUUAUAUAAAUUAUAAACAGGUUUUGAAUGCUAUAGAUUAUAUAAAUAUAUUAUAUAUAUUACUUGAUGCAGAGGUUUUAUUAAUGUGCCCUAUGUAUUUUAUAUAAAAUAAAAAUUAUUUCAUUUAGAAUGUUGAGGAGAAUGAAGACUGUUGAAUCUACAAGAGGUGGAUACAAACUGAAAGUGGUCUCAAGUAGUCUUCACAUUUCUCAACAGCAUUAUGCUCUUCUCACUGUUACUCUUUUAAUUAAAAGUUAAAUAUAUUUAUAUAUACAUAUAUUUUUUUACAUUUAUAACACCUCAAAAUUAUAAUACUUAUUGUGUGUUUGAACCUUGAAGUAUUGGUUAAGAAUUAUUACUAAAUAUUUCUUUGAUUUUAAAUUGCAGUUAAAUAUUUACCAUUUUAAAUUGCUGCAAGUCUUAAAAGUGAAAGAUGUUUAUUUAUGUAUGUUCUUGCUAUUGCAGAAUAAAUGACAAAAACUAGAAAACUAACUUUAGUUUUUUUAAUGCCAAGGAUUGAAGAACACCGAAGGUUUGGCUUAAAGGCUAAAUUAGUACAUACAAAUUCUUGUUCAAAUUUUUAUUGCAUAUUUUCCCCUUACUGUGUUGUAUAUUCUAAUUUCAUUUUUAUCCACUAUUUUUUUCUCUACAUUCUAUUCUAAUUUCUUUUAAAAUUCUAACUGAAUUAAUAUUAUAAUCUGAAAUAACUGUAUUCAAUCUUAUUAACCAUUUUAUACCUAUAUUUAUUCUUUAGAAAUUUGUUUGUAGAAGAAAUUUCCCUCAUCUGUUAUAAUUUUCAAAGGAAUAAUUUUCCUGUAACUCUGUUUCUAAUUGGUCAUGUGACCAGUCUGGAUUCAGAUGUCUUUAUAUUUAACUAAAUCCAAUCCCCCUUUUUUAGAUGAAUCUGAAUUUUUCUAUGCUGUUUAUGAUUUUUUUAAUUCAUGACUUGUAUAGCCACUAACACUAGCUAUCCACCACUUUAGCUUUGUAUUCUUUAUCGCUUGAAAACUUUGAUUGAUAGGGAUGAAAUAAAAACCCUUUUCAGCAUU